AAAAAAGUUAAAAAAUAUUAUCAUUGAAAUAUUUAAACCAAAACAAUUGAAAUUGAUUUUAGAAUAAAUAAAACCAACGGACAUCGUCAAUUUUGCACUCUGCAAUCUGACAACUGACAACGUUGUUCAACAUUUCUAACCUAAAAAUAUGAAUGCAUAUUGUCAUAUGAACGGGCGGAAAAGUAAAUUAAAAUAAUUUUAAUUUACUUUGUGGUGUGUUUGUGAUAUUUUGCGACUAUAUUUGUUUGACAAUUUUGUUUAUAAUGGGUGUUGGUUACUGCUGUGUUCCCGGCUGUUUAAGCAAUACGGAGGCUGAUAUGGGUCUUAGCUUCUUUUAAUUCCCAUUGGAUCCAAAAAGGUACAUAAAUAUUUUUUAUCUACACAAUAAGGAAUGUUUCCUCUAGAAUUUUAGACAAUCUAGUAAGAUUUUUUAGAAAUUCUAAUGUUUUUGACAGACUCAUAUAUGUACAAUCAUCUAUUAAAUAACGAAAAAUAUUUUAAUAAAUUCUAGAUGUUCUGAGUGGGUUAAGAACUGAAAUAGGCAGGAUUUUAGAGCAAAAUCACUUGUAGAUUUGCAUAGAGGGUAUAGAGUUUGUGGAAAACACUUUCAACCUACCAUGUUUGCGGGAAUGUCUCAAAGCCGUCUAAAGAAAUUUGCUGUUCCAACUUUAUUUAUGUCAGACAAUUCUAUGAUGGAAGUUGAAGCUACUAUUCCUGCUGUUCCUGUUACAUCUGAAGCUGUUUCAGAAUCUACUUCACCAGAUGUAAUUGCUAUUCCAUCAACAUCCAAGGAAGUUACAUCUGAAGCUGUUUCAGAAUCUACUUCACCAGAUGUAAUCGCUAUUCCAUUAACAUCCAAGGAAGUUACAUCUGAAGAUUUUUCACAACAGACACCUACAUCCCUUAGUGCAGACAGUCCAAGAAAACAUGGGUUAAGGUUACAAAUUAGAAGUUUGAAAAGAAAGUUGGAAUUUCAUCCGGAAUAUUCAUUCAUAUUUUUAUAAAUAAUUUAAUAAUUAUAUUUUAAUUUAAAACGGUAAAAUAAAAGCAAAAUGUGUUAUUAA